ACACACACACACACACACACCUCGUGCAGAGGCAGAGACAACAUCCAGUUUUCUGUCUCGCGGAGUCUUUAGGUCUUUUAGUUAAAAAGCGCGUCGAGCGACUGAGGACGUCUGCAGACCAACUUAAAGCUCACAUCCUACUGCAAGGCAACUCAACUGAACCACAGCCAUGGGCAAAGGUUGCAUCACAGUCACUAAGUACUUUUUGUUCCUCUUCAACCUCCUCUUUUUUAUCUUCGGAGCGUUGAUCAUGGGCUUUGGACUGUGGGUGCUCUUUGAUAAGGACAGCUUCAUAGCUGUUCUACAAGAAUCUUCUGACACAGUGAAGGUGGCCUCAUAUAUCCUCAUUGGAGUGGGCUCUCUGUCAAUGGCCAUGGGCUUCUUCGGCUGCAUUGGAGCCAUCUAUGAAAUCCGUUGUCUGCUGGGACUGUACUUUACCUGCCUUCUGCUCAUCCUCAUUGCUCAGGUCACUGCUGGAGUUCUCAUUUACUUCCAGAGGGAUCUGCUGAAACAUGAGAUGUCCAGCAUCAUUAAGAGAAUGAUAACCAACUACAGCGGUCAGAACAAGACCACAGAGCACGCCUGGGACUUCAUUCAGAGGACGAUGAAUUGCUGUGGGUGGACUGGUCCAGGCAACUGGUCUGAAAACCUUUUGAUCAAGAACAGCACGCAGAAUCUCUACUCAUGCUCCUGUCGUAAUGAUUCUCUCCCGGGGAUUGAGGUGAAACAGUUUGGCCUGUGUGAAAGCUUGUCUGCACAACCACCUGUCUAUGCAGCGGGUUGUAUGACCAGCGUGGAGAAAUGGGUGCUGGAUAACUGUGGAAUUAUUCUGGGGAUUUGUGUCGGUGUGGCGGUUCUGGAGCUCCUGGGGAUGAUCCUCUCCAUGUGUCUGUGCAAGAGUGUCGUCCAGGAGGAUUACACCAAAGUACCGAAGUACUGAGCUGAGCACAAAACCAGCUGCAGGUUAAAUACAGAUGGACGAUCUCUCCCUCUCUUUCCUCCACAAACACACACACACACACACACACACACACACACACGCACGCACAGGGAAAUCAAGACACCUGUCUUCACCAUUUAAGGUUCUCGUGUCUCUGACAGCUGUGCAAAUUUCUCACACCUUCACCCAACGUGUCCCACUCUCGAAAACGUACACACAUCUCUCAGUCAACUUUGACACACAUGUUGGACUCAUAUUUAAUGUCUAAUACUUUGAUGGGUUUUGUAUUUUGUAUUUUUUUAAAGCUUAAGAAUUUUAUCAUUUUAUUCGAUGCAAAUGUCCAUUUAGAUUUUCUUCGUUUUGCUGUUGUCUCGGCCGACCUCUGCGAAGACCGCGGCACGGUGUUAGAGCGAGCACUUUAGUGACAUUUGGUGAUCUGAGAGCAAGAUCUUUAGAUUUCUAGGCAGGCAGAUGGGAGGGAGUCCAGAGAAUGUGUUUGUAGGAUCUCUUUGUAGGAUUUGUAGGAUUACUGCCACUCUGUGAUCCUGCACCUGGCAUUUCUGGUGCUGAGCAAGGGCUCUGCCCAGGGCUGCUGCGGUGGAGGUUUUUGGUUUGGUUCAAAGUCAGCUCUUUGAACCCAGUAACCCUGGCAUUAGCCUCCGCUGACCCCCCCAUCACCUCCUCCCCCUUCCUGCUGUCAUUCAUUAUCCUCUGAAUCUCUGUCUUCCUGUUGGCUGCAAACAGCCCUACAUGAAAUGUAUGUGUGAUGUGUUGAGUUCCUUUUUUAUCCGUUUUUUCUCUUUUAUAUUUUCAUGUCGUCUGUUAUUUUUGACUGUACAUAUGUUCACUAAGGGAUAAAGGCAUUUCGGUGCUCGGUCAGCAUUUCAUACGAGAAAGUUUUCACCCACAUGCUCUAGUUGUUAGAGUCCUACUGUUCUUUGUUUCCUCUCUAUUGUUUAUGAUGUGCAGACUAAGGCUCCCAUUGCAGCUCAUCAGCACUAUUUUGGUCUGAAUCAGAUAAAUACGAAUCCCUGAACCUGUCAUCACUCAUAAAGCCAUGUUAUUUCUUUAACAAGGAAUGUUUUGGUGAACAGAAAGCCUACUGUAGCCUAUACCCCGAGCGUCUUAAUUUAACCUCUGUAUGACUCCUUUUUAAUUAAAAAAACAUCCACAAUCCAUUUCCCCUAAACUCCAUUGUUCAGUGUCUAAGACAGCGUCUGGGCAAGUUUAUACAGAUCUCAAUAAAUUAUAUUAAAAAACGAUUCUUUUUCAGUAAAUCAGUGAAACUUGUGUUAAUUCAGAUAUUCCAAACAUUUAUUUCAGUUAAACGUUGAUGGUUAUGGAUUACAGUUCAUGAAAACCUGAGCUCUGUUUCUCAGAAGAUUAGCAUGAUGUGUUUUAGGGUACAUGAGUGAACAGACUGCCUUUUUAUGUCAGUUGUGUUUUUAAUCCCCUCCGUCAUGAGCAUUUAUUGUUUAUCUACUGCUAUUGAGGAAACUCAUUAGCACAUAACAGUUUCAGUCAGCUUUCCUGCUGUUAGCCCUCCAAACAUUCACAUGAAUUAAACCUGAUGAAUUGGAAAAUGAAGGCUUUUUGUAUAAAACAUCUUUCUGGAUCUGGAUCUUGUUUGGUAGAAAUAAAAAGUGGAUUUGAAAGCCA